CCUGCGUACAGUUGCAGCUGCAGUCGAAGUCGACCGGACCACAGGCGUAGGUACGCGUGAUACUUAGUAAUUAUUACCAAUAUAUACCUGCAGUAAGCGUUGCACGAGUAACGGACGAUUAUUGUUAAUCGCGGUGCCAAGCCGGAAUAAGACGUGAAUAAUAUUAUUAUCAUAAAAUAAUAUUAUUCGGAAAGAACGCGCCCGCUCACAGGAGACGUCGUCAUGGCUGCCGAGCUGUUCUAUGUAGCGAUGGCGGCCAUGUGCUGCGUGAUGACUUCAGGCAGGCCGUCAGCGACGCCAUUUCUCUACGCUCCGCCGCCGUCCCCGUUGGAAGUCACAACGAUCGCAUCGGAAGCGCCUCCUGGAUACGACUUUGACCAACCUCACGUCGACAUUCAUCAUUAUCAACAGCAGCAACCGAUCAAACACGACGACCACUCCGGUCAUCGCGUGGACGAGCAGCUGCAGCCGGCCGUGGACGUUCCGCCAGCAGUCGGGUCGUCGUAUCACUUCGCGUACGCCGUGGAAGACCCGCUGACCGGGGACGUGAAAAGCCAGAACGAAGUGAGUGACGGCCGUGGCACGGUCAAGGGCACGUACAGCCUGGUUGAACCAGAUGGUUCCAUCCGGGUGGUCGAGUACUCGGCCGACGACGAACACGGGUUCAACGCCGAAGUGAAGAGGAUCGAGCCGCAACACAGGUACGCAGCGACGUCCGUCGACUCGUUCGAAAGUCGACCGUCGUCCGACUUGGGAGUCGGUCAACAUGUCGGCCGUGACGGCGGCGACUCGUCGGUGGAGAUAAUACAGUCCACCAACCAACAGAACAUGCACUUUUAUCUACCCGAACAGUACGUCAUCACGUCGGUGCGACGUUGAUAUUUUUUUGUUUUCUGUUUCGGGUCGCGAUCGAUUCCUCAGAAGUUAAGUGCCGUGACCGUAUUGUGUACAUAAAUAUUAAUAGGGAAUAUGAUAUUAUUAAUACACGACAAUUAUUAUAUUAAUAAUAAUUAGCGUAAAUUUUAUUUUGGUUUCUAGUUGUACCGUCACAAAUCGCGAGCACAUUCUCUGCAUUAAAUUGGGUAGAAAACUUUGCGGCAAGACUUGAAUACCUAUAUUUAUUUUAAAAUUAUUUUAAGCCCCGGGUAUGUACUUUAACAACAAUUAUAUAGGUAGGUACUCACUUAUAUAUAGACCAUAUAACCAUAUAAGACUUUGAAACUCCUCCUUUUAUACAUAUAAAUAUAUAUAUAUAUGUGAAAAUGGAAAUAUUUGUCACGCAUGUUGUCUGAUAAUCUUGAUUUUUUCUUUUUUUACGCGUUAGUAGGUACAUUCGUGAAGCAGAUUUUUAACCGGUUUCCGGUUCCAUGAGUUAAUGAAAAAUGUAAUUAUUAAUUAUUUUAUAUAUCAUAUGAAUCAUAUAAAAUAUAUCAUCUAUAAAACCUUUAUUAUUAUUAUAUUAUAUAGUGUACCUAUACCAUGAAUUAAAAUUUUAUAAAUUAUGACACAAUCAUAACCUGACCAUACUAAUAAGCCAAAAUCAUAAUAAGGUCCUUAAGAAAAAUCUCGGAUUUAUUUCUUCAAUCAAAUAAUAAAAUGAUAGAUAUUCAAAAAUAAUUAUAUUUUAAAUUAGGUAUCUUA